GCGCGCCGUGCCCUCGGCCCUGGAGGGCGGAGUCCUGGCGGGCGCAGGCCGAGGGAGGGGGCGCGGCGGCUUUGGAGUCCGGCGCUCCCUCAGGCCGCGGACGCGAUGCUGGCUGCAGUGGGCCGGGCGGCGGGGCCGGCGGGGAUGUGACGGGCGGCCCCUCGCCUCGCCUUCCGUCCUCGGGCCCGAAGGUCUCUGGGAGACCCGCAACCGGGCCGCGGCUGAGGAGGCGACGCGACCUCCGCACGGUGAGAGCCGAGAUUCUGUCAAAUUUUAAGAACAAAUGUACCUUAUAGCUCAUGGAAGAAAAAACACAAAUCAAGACAUUUUUGGGUUCCAAGUUGCCAAAGUAUGGAACAAAAUCUGUAAGAAGUACAUUGCAGCCAAUGCCAAAUGGGACACCUGUUAAUUUAUUAGGAACUUCUAAGAAUAGUAAUGUCAAAAGUUACAUCAAAAAUAAUGGCUCUGAUUGUCCAUCAUCCCAUUCAUUUAAUUGGAGAAAAGCAAAUAAAUACCAACUUAAUGCACAAGGUGCUGAAGAGCCCUGCAGUACUCAGAAUUCACAUGAUAAAUUAAUUGAUCCUGAAAAACAUGCUCCUACUCAAGGAAUGUUUGAUAAAAAUGGCAUAAAGGGAGGUUUGAAAAGUGUUUCUUUACUCACAUCAAAGUUAGCAAAGCCAUCCACUAUGUUUGUAUCAUCAACAGAGGAGUUAAACCAAAAGUCUUUUUCUGGACCAUCUAAUUUGGGUAAAUUCACCAAAGGCUCAUUAUUAGGAAGGACUUCAUAUUCUUCAGUCAGUGCUCCAAAAUCACAGUUGAAUGGAUUUUAUGGAAACCGAUCGGCUGGUAGCAUACAAAGGCCAAGAGCAAACUCCUGUGCCACCAGAAGCAGUUCUGGAGAAAGCUUAGCACAGUCCCCAGAUAAUAUUAAAUCUAUUACUUGUGAAAAAAUGGUAAGGUCACAAAGUUUUUCACAUUCCAUUCAGAAUUCAUUCCUUCCACCUUCAUCUAUAACCAGAUCACAUUCCUUCAAUAGAGCUGUAGAGCUUACAAAGCCUUAUCAGAACCAACAGCUAUCCAUUAGAGUGCCUCUACGGUCAAGUAUGCUAACAAGAAAUUCCCGGCAGUCAGAAGUACUCAAUGGGAAUGAACAUUUGGGGUAUGGAUUUAACAGGCCUUAUGCUGCUGGUGGAAAGAAAUUGGCUUUACCAAACGGCCCAGCUGUAACUUCCACUUUAGGUUAUAGGAUGGUUCAUUCUUCUCUACUGAAAUCUAGCCGACCUCCAUUUUCUGGGACUAUCACAGUGGAUGGAAAUAAAAACUCACCUGCUGAUGCAUGUAUAGAGGAAGAUGCUACAGUUUUGGCUAACGAGAGAGCUACUAGUAAGGACCAAAAACUAACUGAAAAUGAAAGUUAUAGAACAGAAAAUGACCAGACCGCAAAACAUGAUGUUAAAAUUAGAUACUUGAGUGAUGAUGUGGAUGACAUUUCUUUGUCGUCUUUGUCAUCUUCUGAUAAGAAUGAUUUAAGUGAAGACUUUAGUGAUGAUUUUAUAGAUAUAGAAGACUCCAACAGAACAAGAAUAACUCCAGAGGAAAUUUCACUCAAAGAAGAAAAACAUGAAAAUGUACCACCACAGGAUACAUUUGAUUCCUCCAAGGAAAAUGAAAAAUCCUUCAGUAAAACUGAUGAAUGGAUAGAUAUAAGUGUCUCUGACAGGAGUGAAUGUACAAAACAUACUUCUGGGAAUAACUUGAUUUCACCAGAUACAGAUUACAGAGCUGGUUCUUCAUUUGAACUCUCUCCAUCUGAUAGCUCUGAUGGAACAUACAUGUGGGAUGAAGAGGGCUUGGAACCCAUUGGAAAUGUCCAUCCGGUUGGGAGCUAUGAGUCUUCCGAAAUGAACAGCAUAGAUAUUCUGAAUAAUCUUGAAUCAUGUGACCUUGAGGAUGAUGACCUUAUGCUUGAUGUGGAUCUGCCUGAGGAUGCACCUCUUGAAAAUGUGGAGUGUGACAAUAUGAACCGCUUUGACCGACCAGAUAGAAAUGUUCGUCAGUCUCAGGAAGGAUUUUGGAAAAGGCCACCCCAGAGGUGGAGUGGACAGGAACAUUACCACCUCAGCCAUCCUGACCACUAUCAUCACCGUGGAAAAAGUGACUUGAGCAGAGGCUCUCCCUAUAGAGAAUCUCCUUUGGGUCAUUUUGAAAGCUAUGGAGGAACCCCCUUUUUCCAGGCUCAGAAGAUGUUUGUAGAUGUACCGGAGAAUACAGUGAUACUGGAUGAGAUGACCCUGCGGCACAUGGUCCAAGACUGCACUGCUGUAAAAACUCAGUUACUCAAACUGAAACGUCUCCUGCAUCAGCACGACGGAAGUGGUUCAUUGCACGAUAUUCAACUGUCAUUGCCAUCUAGUCCAGAACCAGAAGAUGGUGACCAAAUAUAUAAGAAUGAAGAUUUGUUAAAUGAGAUAAAACAACUUAAAGAAGAAAUAAAGAAGAAAGAUGAAAAGAUCCAACUAUUAGAACAUCAGCUUGCAACUCAGUAUAACAGCCACCAAAAAUCUAAAGAGGAAAAACGCACAUAUGCUGAUAAAUAUACCCAAACACCCUGGAGAAGAAUUCCUCCUCAAGUACUACAGCCUUCCAGCAGCCUUCCCAGACCCACAGACUAUGCCCAGGGAAAACUAAUAAAGCCGCAACCUAUCGAGGCCCGCAGUGAAUGCGCGACCCAGGGCAUGCAUCAGGGUGUUGCACAUCUGGAUGAAAGCUUUACACACAGCCUGCAAGAAGAAAGCAACAAUGGUUUGGAAGACCGGCCUUUUUCAUCAAGCCCACAAUUCAUGAUGGAUGUGGCUAAGAGUGCACCUUCUGAAGGAAACUUGAACAUGACUGUGGAUGCUCAAGAGCCUCAUCAUUUGGCAAAUAAUCAAAUUAGUGACAUGCAGUUUAUAUCUACUUCUCUUCAGACACCUCCCCAAUCAACUACAGUAGACCAGGUUAAGAAAGUUGGAAGAAAUCAGUCUCUGCCAGUGGGCUGUACGUCUCAGCCCAAGUCCAUACAGCCUUUAAAGCCAUCCAUCUUGAAUUCUUUGGUACCUCCUCCAGUUUCUGAAUCAUCUCCAAAUAGGACUCUCACUUGUAAGAAGUCACCGAUAAUCACAACAUGUAAUUCAGCUAAACUUCAGCCAACAUCUAGUCAGACAAAUCUUAUAAAUAAUCCAAAUCUGAAAGCAUCUAAGCUCCGCCCACCUUCAGGCUCUUUCAAACAAAAACAAAUAAGCAACCCCCAACUAGACCCUCAAAGCUUCCAGGUCAAGACAAGCAUCCCAAGGCCACUAACACAAAGAAAAGAAAUCAUGCAGAGUUCAAAUGGCAAUUUGCCUUCUGGGGACUGUUUGGCUUCUAAUCGAUAUUCUCGUCUUCCUAAACCAAAGAUACAUUAAGUACGUAGCCAUCACCUGCCAAUUUGGUUUUUUUAAAAACUGUUCUGAAAUAGCUUUAUGUGCAGUUUGCUACCAUGGUGGAGGUUCCAUUAAAAGCCUGCAAAUGUUAAAAUGUGGAAGCUUCUACUAGUUUGGCUCUUCCAUUUUAUAUCCUGGUUGAAGUACAUGCCAUUUGAGCAAAUUUGUCUCAGGUAAACACACAAAAGUUUGCUUACCCAUUUCAGAGGCCUGCCAAAGGCUCUAAUCAUGUUAUCCAUCAAUCUGCACAUCAGAAAAUGCAUAAUAGUCUAAUUAGCAGGCAAGAAGUGUGCUUUGCUGGUUUAGUACUGUCAAGGUCUGUAUUUAUUGUGGUUGUCAGAACCUCACCCCUUUUCACUUGUCCCUUCUGUGAAUAUGGCUACUAUUUUAAAGAUGUGGUGAUAAUGGAAGAUGGUAGUUUAUAAGCAGAGUUCUGGCCAGUGUUUUGUGUAUUUAAAAGGUCUAUGCAAAAGCUUUGUGAUGAAUAAAGGAGAUUAGGUUUUUAAUGGAAAAUCUAUGUAAGUUUUAUUUUUUCUUGCUAGGAUCAGCAAGCUAGUAUUACUAUUUAUUCAUUUCCCAGACAAAUUCCCCAAGCUAAAAAUGUUUCUUAUUAUAUAUAAACCAAUUAUAUAUUGCUUUAACAUCUUGUUUUACACACACACACACAAACCCACUGCAUUUGUGUUUGUAUUUGUUACUUGGGUAAAUUUUGGAGAGCUUGAGGUACAUCUUGAAACUUGUACCUAAAGAUGUAUCUAUUUGUAACAUACAUUGGUGCUAGAGUUUGCUGGUAAUUCAGUUUUGUACCCUAUAGGCAUAUGGAUCCAUUAUAGCCAUUUUAAGGUUCCACAGCAUUUAUUUUAUAUUGUCGUUAAUUAUAAUAUUUAUGUUUAUUGACUUUCUGCUAAUAUCAGAAACUGGAAUAAUGUACUUGAAACAUUUGCACAAAAUUUUGAUAGGAUAUAAAUAUCCUAUAUGUAGGGAUUUAAAACUAUUUUCUAGAGCAAAACAAAUUAAAAUAUUUUGAGAGAAAUUAUGAAUUUAGGUAAGACUAUCUUGAGAAAGCUGGAAUUCGUAAUAAUUGUAUUUUUUAAUUCUGUGUGUCCUAGGUUUCCCUUUUCUGUUGGUAUUUGUUUGACAGUUUCUUGAAAGUAGAUAUUGGAAGGAAAAGAGAAUUAAAGAUGGGAAAUUAUGUUUUAUUAAAAGGUACUGAAAAGUAUUUCAAAGGCAAUAUGCUUAUUUAUUUUAAUGUGCUGUAGAGGUAGCUGUGGAACCUCCAAGCAACCAUGUGCACGACCUUAUCAUGCUUUGGGACCACGUGUCAGACAGUUCAGUAAAUUUGCUUUUCUUUUCUCCCAAAUCAUGUCAUCUUUAGGCUGUUCACCUGUAGCUGCUUUAAUUGAAUGAGUAUCUUUCAGAAAGAUCACGUUACAAGGUCAGUGUUUGUUUUGAGGAGCUGACCAAAAAUAUAUCAAAAGAGAUUAUGGACUUAAAAGUCACUCAAAUUUCUAGGGAUUCAUUUAAAAAAUUUACCUAGGUACAUUUGUCUGCCCGUUUAUAAUAGAAACAACAGCAUAUCCUUUAGUGGAAAUUUCAAAAGAAGUGUUUGCUACCAUUUUGACACAGUCUUCCCUUUCCUGUCAGAUGAAUUUGCCAUUUGGUGGAUACAAACCAUUCUUGGAUUUGGUAACAGAUGAGCAAUGCAAAUCUGGUCUCCUACUCUCAGGAGCCAGCACUUCUGCUGGGGAAGCAGUGAAAUUCAGAAAGUUCUUCACGUAGUUCAGAUAUACUUCCAACUAUAUUGUUAGUACGCACUUCGUUGUUAAUGGAGAUGAGCCAUGAUGGCUGCAGCUACAAGUGGGCACGUGUGGUCUUUCAUUUUGAAGGAGAAAAAACCCUGAUCUCAUAUGUUGCAAAUAGGAUGUUAUCAUACUAUAUUUCCCUAAAGUAAAACAUACUUAUUAAUGACUUAGGAGAUUUUUGGUUUAUUUAGAAGUUUGUAUAGACACUUAUGAAACAUUAUUUACACAUUGGCCUUAUUCUUAAGGGAAAAUUUUUUAAUUUUUAAUUUAUUUUUAUCUCCCUGGUCUGAGGGAAAUGUCUCUAUUGUCUAGUACAUAAAAAUGUUGACUCCAGUAAUUUUUUUUUUUUUUAUUUUUCCUGCUCUAUUUGUUUCUCCCUAAUGAAUUGGCAGAAAUGUUAACCUGUUAAGUCAACUUCUCUGUACCUUUGUUGAGUAUUAAUCUUGGCAGAAGAUAGGCUCAUCAAUAUAAUUAUGAAGCAUAAUAUAUUUAAGAGAAAAAAAUCUAGGAUACUUACAUAAACAUAAAAUAUUUGCCUACAGUUUUCUUUAAAAACUGUAAGAAUAUCAUGCUUAUCUGCUCCUUAGUAAAUGUUAAGUCAGAAAUGGACAUGAGGAUGUAGCUCUGUUGAAAUAAUCAUAGAUCAGCUUUUCAGAUUUGGCCUGAUCUCUGUUUAUUGCUUCUGUAAAUCAACUCUGUGCCAAGUCCUCCUCCACAGGAACUCAGACCUCUUAUUCUCUUAGUUCUUGUGACAUUAGUGAAGAUAGUUGCAGUAUGUAAGUCCUGAAGAAGUUUUAUGGAAUGGUUAAGUUUCACAUUUGUGAAAGAGGAAGUUAAGUAUGCAGAAUUAGAUAUUUGGCUGUUAAUGGGAUGCGUAUCAAAUUUUUAAAAGAAAGCUUAGCCUAAGGAGUUUAUCCAUACAGGUGCAGAUGAUUUAAAGGCAUUAAUGGAUUAUGUCAUUUAGGAUGUUUCUAAUAACUUAAACCAUCUAGCAUUUUUCUUUUGGAGUCUCAUUUUGAUUUGUGCAAUAUUAUCAGGCAUAUAGGCUACUGUCCAUUGUAUUUAUAUAGAUAAUAGGGAACUUACUAAGCAUUUUAACAAGUAAAAAUCUGAAUAUGAAAGAAAAUAUCAGAUUUGCACUUUAAAUGAGCUUAAUUGCUUGGAGUUGUGCCUGAAAUAUCAAAAUGCCACCUAUUAGGUGUGGCUUUGUUGAAAGAAUUUCUCUGUAAUUGUUGCUGUUGGAAGAUAUCAGUACAGCCUUUCACAGAAUUAUAUUCCCAGCAUGUCACUUUCCCCAUUAAAGCACUAAGGUUUCUUUGACUGUUCCAUUAUCCCAUUAAAUAUUUUACUCGUCUUUCUCAAUGCAUCAAAGAGAACGUGAUCCCCCUAUCUAUAGCUGUCAUUUCCAAAUGUUCCUGUAGCGUAGAUAGUGUUACAGACACCGAGGUGCACGCUUGAGUUUCAGAGCAGAGUUAUCAUACUGGCUUCCUGGUCUCUAGGGCACUGGAGAUGUCCAUUAGAAUCACCCAACAGGCUUGCAAUGAAGAUCAAUAAGACUGCAGCACCAUUUCAGUUUACUCUCCAUCUUACACAGUAGUUUUUGUGUUGCUAAAUUAGUUGGGGUGGUUAUGUUUGCAUGUUUAUGCAAUAAUUUGAAAAUUAAUUAUAGUUGUAAUACAAAUACCUGAUGUUUUUCCUUGGGGAUGGCCUUGCUAUUUUUCUUAAUUCUGAUGCUUGAAUUCUAUUUUCUAAUGAUCUUUUCCACAUCUCUCUUUAAGUUUUCUGCUGCAGCAAUUUGAAAGAAUACUUUUGGAUAAAUGAUUUAUGAUGGAGGGCGCCAAUCUACAACUAUGUCAUUAAUUGAAGAUAUAUGUUUUAAUCUUAUUGGGGAAAAGCUACCCACUUUCUCCUUGGUAAAGCAUUUCCAUAACAAAAUAAUACUGACCCUAUGAAUUUGAAGUCUGUAAGUCAUUACUAACAAAGAACAAAAAUAAUAUCUGCAGUAUUAUUUUCCCAUUGUUUUUAAAAACCAGUUCAGAGUACAUACUGUAUAUUAGAAUUUGCCUGUAAAAUGAAUUAUAAAAAUCAGAUGUAAAAUCUCUCCUGAAAAUGUUGGCAUAGUAAAUAAAAAUAAAGUUCAUAAUUAUAAAACUU